UGUCCCCGAUGUUUUUUUUCAUUGCCGUGGGCCCCUGCGUGUGACUUGAGGGUGUCAACAUAAGAAGAGAGUGGAGCCCCCCACUACCACCGCCCGUGAGUGAAGCGGCCCCUCCUCUUCGCCCCCCUCGGGUGCCCGCUCUUCAGCUCUGAGCUGCUUGUGGUUCAUACAAGCGGUCUUCUCCUCUUGUGCUGGUCGAAGUUCACGCGUGGUGCGCGGUGCUGCGAGCAUCUCCGCCCGGGGGACCUUGUGGUGGAUCUUUCAAGAUGGACUGAGGGGCCACUGGCCGGCCAAGUGCGGAUACUCGACGUGAGAAGACUACUUUUUAAUUUUAUUUUUAUUUCCAACCUCUUGUUGCGAGGCACCUUUUUGAGGGAUAGACUCCCCCACCAUGGAAGAGGAAGACGGGCAUCUGGAGAACGCGGUCCACACCGUCAAGGAAUCGGACCGUCAGCAGCGACUCAGGCUGUGUGUCCUCAACGAAACGUUGAACACGGAACGGGAUUAUGUCCGGACUUUACUCUUCCUUCAAUCGGCAUUUUUGCACAGAAUCAGACAAACUGCAGAUGACCAGCAAUGUCUCUCACCUGAACAUGUCAAGAUUCUGUUUUCCAACAUUGAGGACAUCCUGGAAUUGCACAAAGAGGUGUUGUCCUCUGUGGAGGCCAUCCUGCAGCCUGAACCCCAGCCCCAUCAUGCACUGGGACAUGUGUUUCUCCAGUUUAGGGACAGUUUCUCAGUUUAUGGCGAGUACUGUAGCAACCAUGAGAAGGCUUUGCGGCUCCUCAUGGAGCUAAACAAGAUACCCCACAUCAGGACUUUCCUCCUGCACUGUAUGCUACUGGGAGGGAAGAAGAGCACAGAUAUUCCAUUAGAGGGCUAUCUUCUCACUCCCAUCCAGAGGAUCUGCAAGUACCCUCUUCUGCUGAAGGAGUUACUGAAGCGGACCCCUAAGAAGCAUGCUGACUAUCCCGCUGUAGAGGAGGCUCUGCAGGCCAUGAAGGCGGUCUGCUCCAACAUCAAUGAGACUAAGCGGCAGAUGGAGAAACUGGAAGCCCUGGAACAGCUGCAGUCUCACAUUGAAGGCUGGGAGGGGACUAACUUGACGGACAUCUGCACAGAGUUGCUGCUUCAUGGAAAUCUCUUGAAGAUCUCAGCGGGGAAUAUUCAAGAGCGAGUCUUCUUCUUGUUUGAUAAUCUUUUGGUCUACUGCAAGAGGAAGUCCAGGGUUUCUGGCAAAAAGUCCACCAAGAGGACCAAGUCUAUCAACGGUCCUCUCUAUGUGUUCAGGGGCAGAAUCAACACGGAGGUGAUGGAGGUGGAAAAUGUGGAAGAUGGAACAGCGGAUUAUCACAGCAACAACUACACCGUGACCAAUGGCUGGAAAAUCCACAACACAGCGAAAAACAAGUGGUUUGUCUGCAUGGCCAAAACAGCGGAGGAUAAGCAGAAGUGGCUGGAUGCCAUCUUGAGGGAGAGAGAGCAGAGAGAGAGUCUCAAACUCGGAAUGGAGCGGGAUGCUUACGUGAUGAUAGCGGAGAAAGGAGAGAAGCUCUAUCACAUGAUGAUGACCAAGAGCCGGCACCUCAUUAAGGACAGACGCAGGAAGCUCAGCAUUGUGCCCAAGUGCUUCAUGGGAAACGAGUUUGUAUCGUGGCUGAUCGAGAGCGGCGAGAUCAGUAAACCCGACGAAGGGGUCAACCUCGGACAAGCCUUGUUGGAAAAUGGCAUCAUUCACCAUGUAUCAGAUAAGCAUCAGUUCAAAAACGAGCAGGUUUUGUACCGUUUCCGCUACGACGACGGCACCUACAAGGCCCGCAGCGAGCUGGAGGACAUCAUGUCUAAGGGUGUCAGAUUGUACUGCCGCCUUCACAGCCUCCACACGCCCGUCAUCAAGGACAGAGACCAUCAUUUGAAAACAUUUAAAUCCGUGGUGCCUGCUUGCAAACUCGUGGAUUGGCUCCUCUCACAGGGAGACUGCUCGACACGAGAGGAUGCAGUGACGCUGGGUGUGGGUCUCUGCAACAACGGCUUCUUGCAUCACGUUUUGGAGAAGAGCGAGUUCAAAGACGAGUCUCAGUUCUUCCGCUUCUAUGCGGACGAGGAAACAGAAGGAACCAGCUCAAAGAGCAAACAGCUCCAGCGGAAUGACUUCAAACUCAUUGAAAACAUCUUGGUGAAGUCUCUGGUGAUUCACCCCGAGGAGGAGGAUUACGGCUUUGAGAUUGAGGAGAAAAACAAAGCCAUUGUGGUGAAGUCUGUCACCAGAGGCUCACAUGCAGAGAUGGCAGGUCUGCAGGUGGGCAGGAAGAUCCACACUAUCAACGAGGACCUGUUGUUCCUCAGGCCUUUCGCUGAAGUGGAAACCAUGAUCAACCAGGCCUUCUGCGUACGACGCUCCCUGCGGCUGCUGGUCACCACCAAAGCCAAGGAGAUCGUGAAGCUCCCUGACAACCCAGACAGCCUUUCCUUCCGACUACGGGGUUCGUCACCCCCUCAUGUCUACGCCGUAAGGAAAGGCUGGGAGGCAGCAGGGGCAGGGCUUCAGCCUGGUCAGGUCAUCUUGAAAGUCAACGGCAAUAACGUCAACCGCAGCGACUACCAAGAGGUUCUGGAGCACUUCAGCGCACAGCAGACAAACCUCGAGCUUCCCCAUGUGUGUCAGUGGUUGUAUCGUGCUUUUGAGGAUGUGGAAGAUCUUCAAGGCCAGCCAGUUUCAGCUGACGAGGAAGAGAGUCCGUUCAAGCCUUACCCGAUAGAAAAUGGCUCUGACCACAGUGAGGAAAAUGGCACCAACGGAACAGAUUACAGACUGGGAAACCUUUCUCUCUCUGACGACACACCGCUGAUCAACUUGACUGUGGAUAAUGUCCACCUGGAGCAUGGAGUCCUCUAUGAAUACGUCAGCACCGCUGGGAUCAAGAGCCAUGUUUUGGAGAAGAUAAUGGAGCCCAAAGGCUGCUUUAGCCUCACUGCUAAGAUUCUUGAGGCAUUCUCUAGUGAAGACAGGCAGUUUGUGAGUAACUGCAGCCAGCUCAUCUCACAGAAUGACAAAGUGGUCACCAUGCCACAGUAUGAGUUCAGGCAGAUCUGUGAUACCAAGCUGGAGAGUAUCCGAUGGCGCAUCAACCGCUACCGGAAGUUUUCUUUGGAACUGCGAAACAUGGCCUGGCCCACCUUCAGGCAAGCUAACAUUCGAGCCCACCCGCUGAGCUGCAUGGACUUUGUUCCGACCAACUUCCAAGUAAACCAGAUGCAGGUUUCCUACCCCAAAAGUGCUACCUCCGCUGGCAGGACUUUUAGUAUACGCUUUGGACGGAAGAACUCUCUGUAUGGUCUUGACCCGGAUCAAGCCCAACUGAACCCAAUGUCACACACCCAGCAUUGUGUGACAAGCAUGGGAGCUCCUUCUUGGAACUCUUCGGGCCUGGAAGGGGAGGACGGAGAGGAGUCUAUGAAUGGGGGCGAAGGUUUGACAGACAGCCGAGGUUACGGCGAAGGCGGCUUGAGCUUUUUGCUCAAGCAGGAGGACACAGAGACGCAGAACGCCUACCUUCACUUGUACAGCCGCCUGGACGUUGCUGUUAGAGAAAUGAAGCAAUACGUGGCUCAGAUAGAUGUUCUGUUGUCAUCCAUCACCGAGCCCACACAGACCCAGACAGGUGGGGGAGAAGCUCCCGUCUAUGAGACCGGGCAGCCCCCUUCUUUGGGCCCCUCUGAAGACAGCUGCGACCAGGACAAAGUGGAGCAAGGUGGCAUCAAGAGGGUUUGCUUCAAGGUCAACGAGGAGGACCAGGAGGACUCGGGUCAUGACACAAUGAGCUACAGAGACUCCUACAGUGAAUGCAACAGUAACCGAGAUUCCGUUCUGUCCUACACGAGUGUGAGGAGUAACAGCUCUUACCUGGGGAGUGAUGAAAUGGGAUCAGGGGAUGAGCUGCCUUGUGACAUGAGGAUCCCUUCAGACAAACAGGACAAGCUGCAUGGCUGUCUUGAGCACCUUUUCAACCAGGUUGACUCCAUCAACUGUCUCCUUAAAGGGAGUGUCAUGACCAAGGCUUGUGAAGAGACCAAACACUUUUACUCUGACCACAGCCAACCAGAGUUUCGCCAGACAGAAGACUGGACGGUUCGUUGCCGUUAUGUCAUCCACAAAAAUAUCCAGGAGGACCCUUGGAACCUUCCCAGCUCUAUUAAAACUCUGGUGGAGAACCUGCAGAAAUUUGUCGAUGAUGGAAAGAACCAACUUCUCUUGGCCCUGCUUAAAUGCACAGACACAGCGCUGCAGCUCCGGCGCGAUGUCAUCUUUUGCCAAGCUGCCACGGCUGCCGUGUGCACACUGGCUGAGCAGCUACUGGCCGCAUUACGAUGCCGCUUCAACAACGCCGGCGAGUACCAGGAGGACAGCAAGGAAACUAGCCGCAAAUGGCUGGAACAAAUAUCUGCCAUUGGCGUACUGGUGCACUUGCAGUCUACGCUAGCGCCGCAUGUGAAAGAAGAGCGGACCAUGCUAGAAGACACCAAGGCGGCUCUGUCUGACUUGGACAAAGUCACAGUGUUCUUCAAGCAACUGGAGGAUGAAUGUCUAGUUGCAAACUCACCGGUGUGCUACCAGGUGGAGGGGAGCCGACAGGCCCUGAAGGUGACGCUCUACCUGGAUAGCUGGCACUUCAAUGAGCUGCCCAGUCGGCUGCAAAACGGCGGCAACCUCAAACUUCACACCAUUCUCUUCACCAGAGCACUGGAGCGCCCAGAGGGUGUAUCCCAGCAGGACUACAUCACCAUGGAGGAGUUCCAGCAGCGGACCAAUGCUGUCUCCUUGGAGAAGGUCAAGGCCUACUACCGCAGACUCAGGGCCUUCUAUUUGGAGAAGUCAAAUCUCCCCACAGACUCAAACACCACAGCAAUGAAGAUUGAUCAGCUACUGCGACCCCUCAACACGCUGGACGACCUUUGUCGACUGAUGCAGUCCUACGUCAACGUGCGCCACGGUGCUCACGGCCACCCUUCGGGUGUCAGCGUACUGUGCGUGUCCUCCGAGCUGUGCAAUCGCCUUGGAGCUUGUCACAUCACCAUGUGUGCCACGGGCAUGCAGAGAAGCACUCUAAGUGUGACACUGGAACAGGCAAUGAUCCUUGCUAGGAACCACGGCCUCUUGCCGCGAUGCAUCAUGCAGACCAUGGACAUCAUGCGCAAACAGGGGGCAAGAGUUGAGCUCUCAGCUAAAAACCUCAAAGUCAUGGACCAGAUGCCGCCAUCAGCACCAAGGCUCUUCAAGCUGUGUUUGCCGCCCUCAGAUGGAGAACUCUGAAAACAAACACACAUGAAACAAUGGAGUUUCUCGCCACUUUUCUAUCAAAACGACAGAACCGCUCCUUCACUUGCUGUGUUGCCAUGGAUUCCAAACCCAAAUAUUAACUUGACUGAGGCGCUCGAUAGUAUUUGGCUUCAGCUUUCAAGACCAAUGCAACCUGAAGUUUCAACACUGAGAAGCAGCCUUAUUUCUGCAUGAGUAUUCUGCCUGCACAGAGCUCAUAAAAAACGGAAUUAACCAAACUAGCUGUAGCUCCCAUCCGAAACUCAGAGGUUGUCAGGUUUUUUUUUGCCUCAGACUCCAACUCCGGAGGUCUGUCUACAUUAUCAAGACUGGUGUUCCACAGAGCUCAAUGUUCGGACCCUGACCGAACAGUAUUCAUUAAGCAAAAAGUCAUGGCAGAGGAAUUCAAAGUAAGGAUUUUAGGGGCGGAUCAAACCCUGUGCGUGUGGUUAACUGUGCAAUUACUGUAGGCUUAGUGUGAGUACUGUAUUGCGGCACUAUAUGAAGGAUAGUUAUUUAUUGUGACUGAAAGGAGAGUUUCUUUGAAUCCUUUACUUCAACCACACCAGGUUUAAAGAAUCUACUAGCAUUCCAGCUGGCAUAUUGAGCAGUAUUUAAAGGACCAAUGACCUGCCAUUACUGCUUGUUUAUUGUGAUCUAAUUUAUGUGAGCUUUUGACAGGAGGUCUUUUAUUCACAUUCAGGGAGUAUAAGGGAGGGAAAUUGAGCAGAAUCAGGACAAACAAAACAACGCACCAUUUUGUCUAGUCAAUGGAUAGCGAUAUUUAAUCAUUGGUAAAUUAUUAAUAUAUUCAUUCAAAUGUACUACCUGAAGGAUUCCCUUCUAAUAUUGAUGUUUAUUUUAACAUUUUUAAAAGGUCAAAAGACUACGUAUUAAAAUAGACUCAGUGAGGGCAUGUGACAGUGUUAGCAAAAAAGUACUGUAAAGAGUUGUUAGGUGGCGCUAAACAAAGGGAUCAGCGUAACAUUUCGUUGUACUACAUGCAAGCCGUAACAAUGGCAAGCGCCCAUGGUAGCUUAUGUCUUAAAACGGACAGAUAAUGCCAUAUAUUGGAUUGGAUAUUUUUAUGUCUAAAAUAUUGUAUCAAAGUUUUGCUUUAAAAAAAAAAUUAAAAAAAAUGAAUGGACACUCUGUCCAUGACAAGUGUACCCUCGCCGAUCAGUGUUGUUCUGGAAAAAGGUUUGAAAGACAUUUCAGCACUCUUGACAUGCUGCAUUCAUUCGGCUGAUGGCGUCUCCUACUGACUAUUUAUUCAUAAGAAAUCCGGACCCAAACCACAUCCAAUCCAGUGUCAGGUCGAGCAACAUGCAUUGCUUAAUUGCUGCAUUGGCUCAUCUUCCAUGCGCAUUAUUGGUUUCGAUUUGCUAAUGACUGCAGCAUGUUGAAUAAACAAGCAUGUCAUUGGUGAUACGUUGUAUUUACAUUAUUCUAAUGUUUCUUACUGUAUAUAUGCGAUAUUUGCAAUUUUAUCUUGCUUGAAAAUAACUGUACAAAGGUUCCUUGUUUCUAAAAUUAUCACUGUAAAUGCAAUCUUAACAAGCUAGUAAAUAAAACGUUCCAAGUAUGA